AUGUCGCCUUCCUCUCUCGAUCCAGAUCUAGAUCUCCGGCCGACACGACAAUUCCUCCGCCAUCUCGAGCUUCCCCAACCUGAUUGGUGGCCUUUUCUGAGUCCCGAAUCAGCGGCGGCGACAGCAAGGAGAAAGAGGAGAUGGGUGAGGCGACAACCAUCCCGCCGCCAUCUCGUUGUAGCCCUCCCCUCGCUCCUGCCGCUCCCACCAGAUCUGGAAAGAUUGAGAUGUCCUUAUCCAGUCCACGUGCUCAGAUCUGGAAAGAUCGAACCUCUGCUUCAGCUCUUCGACAACGAAUCGACGGCGGCGCAUCCUUGGAAGGCGAGGUCGCGAAUUGGGUCGAAUGGAGGCAGAGCGGUGGAGAGGGAGCCGGGGUCGGAGAGGGAAGGCGAGGUCGCGGAGAGGUGGAGGCGGCGUCGACGUUGGACAGGGAGAAGGGUGGUUGGAUCGAUCGAUUUGUUUAGGGUUUCUGUCACUCCACUCCACCCCUCGACGCCGGUAUCAGUAUACCGGGAAACUGUCGAUAUUUACCGACAGAGGAGCCGGUAUACCGAAAUCCUUCGAGACGCUGCCGAAUACCUAUACAUCCCGAUUAUUAGCAUGGUUAUCGGUUAA